UCUAGAGAUGGACUUGGGCAGGAGGAACCCCCAAGCCAAUGUGCUCAGCCCUUGUUUUCCCCCCCAUCAGGAUUUCUCCUUCCCAAAGCUUGGGCAGAUGAAGGAGGCUGCGAGGAAGAGGAAGAUGCCUUGGGCCCCCCAGGCAGGCCCCGAGCUGAGGACGGAGAGCCCGGAGGACAAAUCCCCCCGUGAGACCCUGGUGGGAGAGGCCGUUUUGAAGGGCUCCCCGGCGCAGGAAGGCAGCGGGGAGGGAAAGGGCUGGAGAUCCCCCCGCAGGAGGGGCUCCAAAGCCAGCCCAGGGUGCUCUGAGGAGGAAAGAGCCAGCCUGUGCCAGGAAGGCGGCCGGAGCUUGAUGGGGAGCUCUGACCUGGUGGUCCCUGAGCAGCCUCCCAGCAGGGAGAAACCCUUCAGGUGCUUGGAGUGUGGGAAGAGCUUCAGGAAGAGCUCCCACCUCCUCACCCACCAGCACAUCCACACUGGGGAACGGCCCUACUCAUGUAGGAAAUGUGGGAAGAGCUUCAGAUACAACUCCAACCUGGUCCGACACCAGCACAUCCACGCUGGGAAGCGGCCCUACACGUGUGGGGAAUGUGGGAAGAGCUUCAGUUGCAACUCCAACCUGAUCCAACACCAGCACAUCCACACUGGGGAACGGCCCUACACAUGUAGGGAAUGUGGGAAAAGCUUCAAGUACAGCUCCAACCUGAGCCAACAUCAGCGCAUCCACACUGGGGAACGGCCCUACACAUGUGGGAAAUGUGGGAAGAGCUUCAGCUUGCUCUCUGACCUGAUCCGACACCAGCACAUCCACAGUGGGGAACGGCCCUACACGUGUGGGGAAUGUGGGAAGAGCUUCAGGUACAACUCCAACCUGAUCCAACACCAGCACAUCCACACUGGGGAACGGCCCUACACGUGUGGGGAAUGUGGGAAAAGCUUCAGGGUCAGCUCCCACCUGAUCAAACACUGGCACAUCCACAGUGGAGAACGGCCCUACACGUGUAGGGAAUGUGGGAAGAGUUUCAGACAGAGCUCCACCCUUCACACCCACCAGUGCAUCCACAGUGGAAAACGGCCUUACAAGUGCUUGGAAUGUGGGAAGACGUUUCAGACCAAGUCCAGUCUCCUCCUGCACCAGCGGACGCACACGGAUGAGAGGCCCUUCCGCUGCACUGAGUGCGGGAAGGGCUUCAAGCAGAACUCCAACCUCAUCACCCACCGGCGCAUCCACACCGGGGAGAGGCCCUACAAGUGUGGGGAGUGUGGGAAGAGCUUCACCCGGAGCGGUAACUUGACCUCACACCAACGGACCCACCAGUAAGGGCCCCCUACGAGUGCCCCGACUGCGGGAAGAGCUUCAGCUGCUGCUUCCACCCCGAAUGAACCCCCUGAUGGGGAGGCAACCCCUGGAGUCCAGUGACUGUCAGUCCAUCCCUUUUGACCACAAAGGGCCAGUCCCCUUUCCCAGGGGCAGCUUCUUCCAACAGAACCCUUCCUGAGGGGUGUGUGGAGAUUCCUGCCUUGGCUGGGGACCCCCCCAAGGUCACUGCUGGAGGUUGAGAGCAGAGAUCUCCCCACGAGCGUUGGUCUGGGGGAGUUCCAUCCAUCUCUAAUUAAGAAUUAUUGCUUUUGUGCCAGCUUGAGUAGAAUUGCUUCAACAAUUGCUUUAGUGUAGAGCACUGUCCUCUCUUCUCCUGUACUCCUGGUAGUUUUAGUGUUUGUAUUGUGCAGUAAAUAAUUGUGAUGAAGAUCUUUUGUCUGAUCAUUUGUAACCCUAAAUAAUUCAUUUCUAUCAAUAGAUUUUAUUUGCCAUCAUUAAAACCUGGGGGACAAAAGUG